AUGCCUCCUCCACCGCAUAUCCGGCCGGAGAAUGUGCUCAGGCGAGCACAAGAGCUCAUCGCCGUUGAUCAAUCCCAAGCUGCGCUCAAUGUCUUACAUGAACAUGUCACCUCCAAGCGAUCUCGCAAUAGCCCGAUCGCCUCCUUGGAACCUGUGAUGCUCCUCUUUGUCGAAUUGUCAGUCGAUCUUCGCAAAGGCAAAUCUGCAAAGGAUGGACUUUAUCAGUACAAGAACAUCGCACAGAACACCAAUGUCGGGACCAUAGAGUUGGUUCUAAAAAAAUUUAUCGAACUUGCCGAACAAAAGGUCACCGAGGCGCAGGCAAAGGCUGACCAGGUUCAAUCCUCGAUUGAGACUGCAACUUCCACAAAUCUCAACAUUGAAGAUCUCGAAGCUACCGAAACUCCCGAAACAAUUCUCCUUGCCACCGUGUCUGGUGAACAAUCCAAGGAUCGAACCGAUCGAGCAAUCGUAACGCCAUGGCUCAAGUUUCUCUGGGAGACCUACCGUACUGUUCUUGAAAUUCUCAAGAAUAAUGCCCGUUUGGAGAUCAUGUACCAGAGCACUGCUCAUCAGGCUUUUGACUUCUGUCUCAAGUACACCAGAAAGACCGAGUUCCGUCGCCUUUGUGAGCUUCUGCGCAAUCAUGUCCAGAACGCGCAUAAGUACUCCUCGCAGAUGCACGCCAUUAAUUUGAACGAGCCAGACACUCUACAACGUCACCUGGAAACUCGUUUUCGCCAGUUGAAUGUGGCUGAUGAACUUGAGCUAUGGCAAGAGGCCUUCCGCAGUGUUGAGGAUAUCCAUAUGUUGUUGACGCUGUCUAAGCGUCCGGCAAAGAAUAUCAUGAUGGCAAAUUACUACGAGAAGCUCACCAAAAUCUUUUUGGUUAGUGAUAACUUCCUCUUCCAUGCUGCGGCCUACAACAAAUACUACAAUCUUCUCCGCCAAUCUUCUAUCACUGUAGCUUCUGGACAAGGUACCAAACGAGAUAAUCCUGCCGUUUCGGAGGAAACUCUUACCAAGGCUGCCUCUUUCGUCCUCCUCUCCGCCCUGUCGAUCCCUGUUAUCAGUACAUCUCGAUCUCGCGGAGCCCUGGUCGACAUUGAUGAAGCUCGCAAGAACAAGAAUCAGCGAUUGACCAAUCUUCUCAGCAUGCCAAUUGCCCCGACGAGAGCUGGUCUCUUCAAGGACGCAUUGAGUAAAGGCCUUCUCAAGAGAGUUCGACCAGAGAUCAGAGAUCUUUAUAACAUUCUCGAAGUCGACUUCCAUCCUCUUUCGAUCUGCAAGAAGAUCUCCCCAAUCCUCUCUAAGAUUGGUGCCGACCCCGAAAUGGAAAAAUAUGUGCUUCCCCUUCAGCAAGUCAUUCUGACUCGAUUGUUCCAGCAAUUGUCCCAAGUCUAUGAAUCAGUUGAGUUGAGCUUUGUUAAUAAGCUUGCUCAAUUCCCUGCACCAUUCGAAGUGACUCCAGCAAUGGUCGAGAAAUUCAUCAUGAAUGGCUGCAAGAAAGGUGAUCUUUCAAUCCGCCUCGAUCACGUCUCUGGCAUUUUGGCCUUUGACUCGGAUGUAUUCUCUUCCACUAAAGCCCUUCAAUCAGGCGGUGCGGCAGGAUCUGCUGAAAGCGAGACCGGCUCUGUUCAGCGACUCCAAAACACUCCCGCAGAGAUUGCUCGAUCUCAAUUGACUCGUCUAGCCAAGACUUUGCAUAUCACAUGCAUGUAUGUGGACCCAUCUUACAAUCAAACUCGCCUAGCAGCAAGAGAAUCGGCGUUAGCACGUGCUGAGGCUGGUGCCGCCCAAGAACAUGAAAAUAUCCUGAAGAGGCGAAUCGUCAUCGAGAAACAAAAGGAAGCAGCCUCCGAAGCACUCUCUAAACGUCAAAGAGAAGAAGAGACACGCCGUCGUAUCCGUGCUCAGCAACAAGCCGAGGCCGAAAGCCAGCGCUUACGGGACGAAACCAAAGCCAGAGAACUCAAGCGUGUUAAAGAUGAGCAGGCUCGGAUUCGCCGUCAGGAAAUGGAGAAGCAGUUGGAAGAGCUUAAAGGAGGCAUGAAGAUCGACUUGGAGGAUGUCAACAUUGAGGACCUCGAUUCGAAUGCUAUCCGCAUUCUCAAACUUACACAACUUGAAAAAGACAAGAACGAAAAGGACAACCGUAUUCGUGUGACUGCUAAGAGAAAUGAUCACCUCGAGCGCGCAUUCCGUCGCGAGGAGUUGAAAUACCAGGACGAGGACUACGAGAAGCAACGGAGGGAAGAUCUUCGAGUGUAUGAGGAGACCAACGUCUCUACCUUGCAAGAAGCCCAAUUAAAACAUAAGGAAGGCCUCGCACUGAAGCACCGUCUGAGCCGCCUAGUCAAAACGUACGACUCCUUCAAAGGCCAAAUUACUGUACGCCGUGCUACCGAGUUCGAAAGACUCCGGAAGAGGGCAGAGCGCGAGUUUGAAGAAGAAAAGCGGAAGCGCAUCAAGGCAUACCAUGAGGAGCAAGCCCGACAACGUGCUGCACUUGAGGCUGAGGAACGCCGCAUCCAGGAGGAAGAGGAGCAGCAACGACGAGAGGAAGAGGAGAAAGCCAAGGCUGAGGAAGAGAAAAAGAGAAUUGCUAAUGAGAGAAGGGCCAAGGCUGAGGCCGACCGUGCUGAACGUGAUGAAGCCGCUAGGAAACAGAUGCAGCGCGAGGAAGAAGCUGCCGCCAGAAGAGCAGCUCGCAAAGCUGAGCCUCAACCGCCACUUCGAAGAGAGCCUCCGACGCUUGAUAGCCGCUCUGAUUCCCAGGAGGGUCGAACAGCUCCCCGGCUUGCAUUGGCAGGGAAGGCUGGCGGAAGCUGGCGUGAGCGUCAACUCGCAAAAGAAGCAGCAGAAGCCUCUGGUCCCCCCUCUCGCGCAAGGCCUGAACCUUCUGAUGCUCCACCGGUUCAGGAGCCCGCUCAGCCUCGUCGCCCAGGUGGUUAUGUUCCUCCUCAUUUGCGUGAGGGUGUUUCUACCCGUGCAGAGGCUCCUCCGAAAGAUUUGCCUGCUCGCACGUCCUCUGCCUCGCCCGCUAAUGGCGCCAGUGGCAGAUACGUUCCCGCACGACUCAGAGAAGAACGCAGCAAUUCGAGGGAAGGUGCUGGAUCACCUGGACCUGCCGGGGGUGACGAACCACCCAGGAAGCCCGCAACUGGUGGUCGCUAUGUGCCUCCAAGCAUGCGGAACCGUUAG